AUGACGGUCAAAACUACCGAUGCUUCCCCGGAAGUCUACCCCCCUAUUCCCCCCUACAAGGGCCGCUGGCACCCCCCGGCUUCACUGCUGGAUGUCCACAACCACAUGUGGAUUGACACCGAUGUUUGGGCAUUGCCCUCGGAGAUUCAAUACGGUCUCUAUCCCCAACCGACUCGUGGCCCCGGAGCUCGAAGGCAGUUACCUGGUCCUCUUGCCUCCGGGCUACUCGGACACCGAUCUCGACGGCCCACGGUAUCCGGUCCUCUACUGGCUGCACGGCGGCUUCUCCUGCUCUCGUCACGCCGAAUGGCCCCCCGAUUCUACUACCGCAAAAUGGAGCUGGGCAAAAUGCCCCCUUGCACCCUCAUCACCGCGCAGGCGCUCCCCAAGGGCCGGUGGAUCAACAACUACAAUGGCACGAGACCACUCGGUGAUAUCAUACAGCGCGAUCUCGUCACCGCGGCAGACGAGCGAUAUCGCACCAUCCGUCACCCGUCGGUACAGUGGUUGGAGGGUCACUCCGCCGGGGGCUACGGGGCGUGGAACCUCGGGCUGAAGUAUCCGGAGGUCUUUGGCGGGGCCUUGAGUACCCUGGCAGGCAGCUUCCGAACCAAACUGGCGGACGAAGGCAGAGAAGUGACCUAUGAUACCUACAACGGUAGUCAGGCCUUUUUCACCGCGAAUCAUACGUUGAUCCUGUUGGAGCAGCAGUUGGAACAUGUCAAGCGGGGAAAAACCCAGUUGAGACUGUUGAUUGGUGGCGAUGACGUGCGCUCGCGAGAGGCGCAUGAACAUAUGUGGGAGACCUUGACAGCGUGGGGGGUGGACUUUGGGAAGGCGAUUGUUCCCGGGGCACCGUAUACCGCCGAGGAUGUACUCGGAGGGUUGAACGAUGAGGGACUCCAGUUUUGGUGGGAUGCGCAAGCAAAGAUGGUCGAAUAG